AUGCACGGUGUCUUGGUAAUCGGUGCUCCGGGAGCCGGAAAAUCAACAUUCUGCGCAGGACUCACUGACAUUUUCACUCAACUCAAAAGACCAUACCUAACUAUAAAUCUCGAUCCAGCAAAUGAUACAAUGUCAUAUCCACCAGAUGUUAAUAUAACAGAACUCAUAACAGUAACAGAAGUAAUGGAUAGACUUGGAUUAGGUCCAAAUGGAGCACUGAAAUAUUGCAUUGAAACAUUGGGAAAUAAUUCGAAUUGGUUGCUUCAAAAAAUAUUGGAAAAUCGAAAGAAAUAUAUAAUUAUCGAUUGUCCAGGACAAUUGGAAUUGUAUAAAAGCGAAGGAGAGUUAUGGAAAGUUAUUAGGAAUUUGGAGAAAUCGGGAAUUCGACUAUGUGCAUUGCAUUUGGCUGAUUCUUUAUAUUGUUCAGAUCCUUCGAAGUUUAUUUCAGUUGCACUUUCGACUUUGGCAACUAUGAUUACCAUGGAAAUGCCGCAGGUUAAUGCUCUCUCAAAAGCCGAUUUAUUUUCUGGUGAUGGAACUUAUGAUUUAGAGUAUUUUUCGUGUUUGCCGGAUGUUCAUAAACUUUUGGAUUUGUUGAAUGUGAGUCCUUGGGAAAUUUGGAGUGUCUAGAUUCCAAAAAUGAUUCGGAGCAUUAAAAAAAUGAAUUUCGAAACCAGAUAACGUGAAGGUCACAUUUAAAACUUCACAUUCUCCAGCUUUAUCAUUUCUUUUUUUGAAAUGUUCCGAAUUCCUAACUCAUAUCUAAAAUCCCAAGUCCAAAUUUAUUCCAGGAAGUUCCGGGACUAGAAAAAUAUCGGAAACUUAACGAAUCGAUUUGCGGCGUGAUUUCUGACUUUGAUUUGGUUUCAUUCGUUCCGCUUGCUGUGGAAAACAAAGAAUCAAUGGCGAAAAUUAUAAGAAUGAUCGACACUGCAAAUGGUUUUGCAAUGAGUGAACAAGGAGAUAUUAGAGAACUUAUUUUGAAUGAAAAAUAG